UCGUGCAUUUAGUCCACUGUUUGAUCAUUCAAUAUGUGUCCCAAGAUCUUCCCAUGACCUAUCCUGAGGAUAGACCAUCAAUAUGAAAAUCGUGGAAAACCCCUUUAAGAAUGACUAUAUUCAGAAGAUUUGUAUUCCAUUGUGUAUAUGAUAACUACAGUACAGUUCUGCACACAAUCAGGGUCUGACUGGCCCACCAGUCUACCAGAGGAUGCUUUGGUGGGCCCAGGCUCUGAUACCAUAAUGGGCCACAGAGAUCCGGAAGAAAACAAAAUGGCUACCAAUCAUUUGCCACAAGGGUUUAUUCUUUUGAUUCAAAGCCUAUUAAACUUUAUUGCGGAUAUUGGGUUUGUACCGCAAGAAUCAUUUUCUCUGGUGGGCACCUAGAACCCCAGUCUGACACUGCAUGCAAUAAACCAUUUGUCCCUCUUUAGAUGGAGAUUAGGUUAGACUGUAUGUAUGGAGUUGUUGUCUGGUCACGCUACAGUAUGUCGUUACUAUGUGGUACUAUGCAUUUAUUUACUCCCCUAAUAUUUGGCACUGCCACUCAGACACUGUGCAGUAUUAUGUUGGACCCAUUCAUUCUCGAUGGGGCCGGAAGAGAUGUGGACAGCACACAGUGUGCUGUCUGCAUUUCCAGAGCGUGGCCACAUUCUUCCUGUCCACGGCCCCUGAAAAAUAUAGAACAUGUUCUCUUCUUGUCUGCAAUUGCUGACAAGAAUAGGCAGUUCUUUGGGUGUGUCGGCCGCGUGUAUUGCAGAUCCGCAAUACACUACGGACAUGUGAAUGAACCCUUAUUUGGUUUUACUGGGGUGGUAGUUUGUGCUGUACUGUGAUGUUGCUGGCCCUGCCUACUUGUGUUGCUCCGCCUUCUGUCAGUUCAGACUUGACCACUUUGGGGCCACUUUUAACUUUUUUUAUUCAGGGCCACUUUAAGUUCCCAACACUGUCUAGUGUAUCAAACCUUUUGAAGAGUUUCCUCACGAUGAUUGUUAAAAAACAUGACAUAUUAAAAAACAACCUAAAGACAAAAUAACUUUUUUUUUUACUUUUUCUUCUGCGACAUGAGAUUUCAAGGACAUUUGAUGAAGCACCAAGUCAUUGAUGAAAGUUUCUUUCCAGGUAUUCUUUUUUCUGGAGGUGAGAAUUGGAAAGUGAUGAGAAGAUUUACACUUUCAACACUAAGAGAUUUUGGGAUGGGGAAGAAAUCCAUUGAAAACAAGAUUAAUGAAGAAAGUGAUUUCCUAGUGAAGACUUUUAAAUCAUAUGGAGGUAAACCAUUUGCAGAUCCUGUGAUCCUAAAUGCAGCUGUCGCCAAUAUCAUUGUCUCCAUAAUGCUUGGUCAUCGCUUUGACUACAAUGAUCCAGUGUUUUUAAGGCUAAUGGGUUUUAUAAAUGAGAACAUAAGGCUGAUGGGAUCCCCGAUGGUCAUGUUGUACAAUACUUUCAAUUCUAUAUUUCGCUGGUUUCCGGGAAGUCACAAAAAAGUGCAAGAAAAUGCUGUAAAAACACAAAAAUUUAUUAAAGAGACCUUCACAAAGCACAAGGAACGGCUGGACGUAAACGAUCAGAGGACUCUUAUAGACACGUUUCUUGUCAAGCAGCAAGAGGAAAAAUCAGAAUUUGCAUCUUAUUAUCACAAUGAAAAUUUAACAAUGAUCGUCAGUAACCUGUUCGCUGCUGGAAUGGACACCACCUCAACCACUCUGCAAUGGGGUAUACUUCUAAUGAUGAAAUAUCCUGAAAUUCAAAAAAAUGUUCAAAAUGAGAUAGAAAAAGUAAUUGGAUCCUCCGAACCUCAGUCAGAGCAUCGGAAAAAAUUACCUUAUACAGAUGCCGUCAUCCAUGAGAUUCAAAGAUUUGCCAACAUAAUUCCAACUAAUCUGCCUCAUGCCACUGCUCAGGAUGUCACAUUCAAAGGUUAUUUCCUGCCGAAAGGCACAUAUGUCAUGCCCCUAUUGACCUCUGUCCUUCGAGAUGAGGCCUAUUUUAAGAAACCAGAUGAGUUUUACCCACAGCAUUUCCUUGACUCCAAAGGAAAUUUCGUGAAGAAUGAAGCCUUUUUGCCUUUUUCUGCAGGGAAGAGAAGUUGUGCCGGGGAGAACUUGGCUAAAAUGGAGCUCUUCUUCUUCUUUACAAGAUUACUGCAGAACUUCACAUUCCAGGCUCCUUCUGGCACCGAGUUAGAUCUAACCCCAGCUGUUGGCUUCACAACACCUCCUGUGCCUCAUUUGAUUUGUGCCAUACCUCGUGCCUAGGGACUCGUUUUUAUAGGAAAGCCGUGAAUGAGGAAAUGAAAAAAUGUUCUAUUCUAGUUGUUUUGUAGUGAAUCUGUACUGCUAACCAAUGUUCUCCAGAGACUCAAGGCUGGAGAUCGCUGCUGUAGACCAUAAGUCUAUUAGGGUUCUUAAAGUUAACUAUUUUAGAUAUUCUAGUACAGUGAUGGGGAACCUUUUAGAGACAGAGUGCCCAAACUGCAACCCAAAACCCACUUAUUUAUCGCAAAGUGCCAACACAGCAAUUUACCCUGAAUACCAAUAUAGUAUAUCUUCUAUAUGCUUUAUCAUUUAGC